AAAGCAAUAUGUUCUGGAUCUGAGGGGACUAUGUGAGGUUUUCACCGAGAAAAGUUGCAUUGGCAGUUGGUCAAACUGAAAUGGAGGGUUUGGGAGAUAAUAUCACUUCUGUCCAUCGCAGAUGUUUUUAUUCCUCUGCUCCCAGGACUAACCCAAGCCGGUCUGUACCAGGAGUAACGGUAUACACAAUUUCGGACAAACCAAACUCUUUUGGCUUAGAAUCUCUUAAACCAUAUUCACCUCUUUCUACAAUAGCCAGAAAUGCGUCACUCACAUUUGACUGUCAUUUGGGGAGCAGUUGUUAUGGUUGCACAAUCCCCGACAGCAAUCUAUUCCAACAGGGUGUGAUGAAACCAACUUCUCAGGCGUCUCUAUCUGGACACUCAUCAGAUAAACCAAUGCAUUUCUCCGGGUUUUCAAGUUCCAACAUACACUGCAGUGAAAUGCAGUCCAGACUGAAAGACGUUGGAAAUGUUUACCAAGGCUACACGGGUCUUUACCCGAGAAUCUCUGGAUACAUUGAUGUACCUGUUGUGACAAGGGCUGGUCCUGGAGAUCCGAGGCAUGAGGACUGUCAGCAAUUGAACUGGGCUAAUAGUUGGAGCAAUCCGCUGUAUUAUGCCAGAGAACAGAAGCAAGGCUCACAAUUCUGGAAGUCAUCCCUCACAGAGGAAGCAGUAAUGAACCAGCCAGAUGUCUGCACUUCAUACCGACGUGGGAGGAAGAAACGGGUGCCCUACACGAAACUACAGCUCAAGGAACUUGAACGAGAGUACACCAUUUGCAAGUUUAUUACCAAGGAGAAAAGACAACGGAUAGCUUCUUCCACCAACUUGUCUGAGAGACAAGUAACAAUAUGGUAUCAAAAUCGUCGUGUCAAAAACAAGAAGCUUAUAUCAAAAGAUAGAGACCUUGAAACUUUCUCUUGAUUUUUUAAUUUCACCAUUUAUGAAAUGCUGAAUUGUCUCAGGUAUUAGUCUCACAAUAUUUUGGUAAAUAUUUAUAUUCGUGUGUUAUAAUGUGUGCUGACUGAUAGACUGAGCUGCUGUCAAUUGUUUAGAGCUAUAUUAAAUCAUAUAUUCUGAUGUUGAA